AUGAAAUUCUUCAACAACAAGAUUUUAUCCUCUGCUACAAUGGCGCUCAUUGUUUUUCUUCUCCUUUUUCCUCUCAAAGUCAACGCAAAGGAAAAAGUGAAAGAAUCCAAAAGCAAAAUUGUUGGCCUGGCAGAGCACAAAUUGGAUGAAGACAACAAAGUUAUUCUUGCUGAAGGUUCUAAUGUUGUCAAAACCUCUGGAGAUGUCAAACAUUACAAUGAUCGUGGAUGUGAUGUUGCGAAGGAGGACAAGGAUAUCAUUAUUCAUUAUGAUGGGUCUGUAAAAGAUGGUUGUACUGUUGAUUUGCUUACCAAUACAAACAAGAAAAGUGGUAUCAAAUUCAAAGUUGGAAUGAAUUAUGACGGUGAAUGUUUGACAGACUCUGCAGCUGACAAUUUAAUUCCUUUUGUUUAUGGCUUAACAAAUGAAGAAAUUGAAAAACAUCGUUCGGGGCCAAUAAUUUCCAAAAAAGAAUGUAAAGGCUGUGGAGAUAAGAAUAAAUGUAUUACAAGGACGGGACUUGAAGUUGGAUGGGAAGGAACGAAUGAAAGUAUUUCUUUUGUUGCCAAACCAAUUGGUGAACUUCAAAAUACUCUUCUUCCAUUAAAACAUGAGGAGAAUGGAGAACAUUUUGAAAUUGAGAUGGAAAUUAAGGAACCCAAAAAAGUACCCAAAAUUUCUCUCAAAAAUGUAUUAGAAGAAGGAGCAAAGAAGAUUAAUCUCAACAAUGCCUUCUCUUGUCUUGAAAAUAAAGAGAAAAGUAUUGUUUCUCUAAACAUUUGGGAAAUUGAGGAAGAUACAAGUCCUGAUCCAGAAAAGAAGAAUUUGUUUGUUUUUCAUCUUCUUCCGUUACCUGCCUCACUUCUAAAUGAUAAUGGACACGAAGCUGGUUGUAGUCUUUAUAUUAAAUUUUCUGUUAAAGACUUUGCUUUGCUAACUAUAGAAGGCGGUGAAGAGGGAAGUACUUCUACUUCCAGUAGUUCUUCAUCAAAAAUCUUUUGGAUUAUUAUUGCUGUCACUGUAUUCAUUGUUUGUCUUCUAUCAGUUUUGGCAAGUGUGUUGAUCUACUUCAUUUGUCGAAAGAAGAGUUCAAAACUAAAAGAAGAAGACAAAAAAGCUUCUCCAUAUUCACUUGCAAAGAAGCCUUCAGAUCCAAAAUUGAAAGAACCAGCAAAGCCUAAGCCAAAAAGGAAAGUCAAAACAGAAGAUAAAUAUGAGACAAUCACUACAAAAAUAUCCCUUCCAGCUGUAAAUACAAAGAAAAGAGGACCUAAACCUGGAAUCAAACCAAAAACAGAUGUAAAACCCGGUACAAAAGAAGGCAAAUUAAAAACUAUUGGACCUACUCAACGUUCUAUGGAAGUAUCGAAGAUGACUCAAAUGGGAAAUGGUGAAGACUCUGUGCAGGAUAAUGUUCAAUAA